UACUCGAGUCUCUAUUAUUGAUGUACUUUCCUUUUCCGCAGCUCCCUUCCUUUCUCCCGACACUGGUUUACACGACCUAUUCAGCUCAGCAAUAAACUCUUGCUGGGCAGGAAUCAGGUUCCUGUGCGGGUCGCCCCUUUUUCAGCUUUGGUUUUUUUUUCUUUUUUCUUUCUUUUUUUCUUAUCUCCAUCACCUCAGCGCCCCUGAGCUCCGGGAAGCUGGAAGUGAUCGAGCACCAUGGCAGACGAUAUGGCGAGCCAGUACCAGAUGAUGGAGGAGUUGGGAAGUGAGUGAUGAUGAGAAAUAGUUUCAUUCGCCUCAAUUACGUUGUCUAACUGCUGGUCCCAUGUUAGGUGGAAGUUUUGGAACCGUGUACAAGGCGAUUGACUUGACAACUGGGGAGAUUGUUGCGAUUAAGCAUAUCGAUCUUGAAUCGAGCGAAGACGAUAUUCAGGAAAUCCAGCAGGAGAUCUCCGUGUUAGCGACUUGCGCAAGCCCCUUCGUUACGCAGUACAGGGCGAGCUUUCUUCGAGGGCAUAAACUAUGGAUUGUGAUGGAAUUCCUGGGUGGAGGAUCGUGUCUGGAUCUGCUGAAACCUGGCGUAUUCAACGAGGCGCACGUCGCUAUUAUUUGUCAACAGCUUCUGCAGGGAUUGGACUACUUGCACAGCGAGGGAAAAAUUCAUCGCGACAUCAAAGCAGCCAAUGUCCUCCUGUCACACACGGGGAAGGUGAAGCUAGCGGAUUUCGGAGUCGCCGCGCAACUGAUCAACAUCAAAUCACAACGCAACACCUUUGUCGGAACCCCGUUUUGGAUGGCACCCGAGGUAAUCCAGCAGGCCGGGUAUGACUACAAAGCAGAUAUUUGGUCGCUGGGAAUUACAGCUAUUGAAAUGAUUAAUGGGGAGCCGCCACAUGCUAGCACCCAUCCCAUGAAGGUGCUUUUCUUAAUUCCCAAGGAGCCGGCUCCGCGUCUCAAGGGCGACGAAUACAGUAAUACGUUCAAGGACUUUAUUGCGCAAUGCUUGACUAAGGACCCGGACCACAGACCAAGUGCUAAAGACCUUCUAAGACACAAGUUCAUCCGAAACGCUGGGAAAACAGAGGCCCUGCAGGAGUUGAUCCAUCGGAAACAAGAUUGGGAUGCAGGACGCGGUGUGGCUCCUAACGUCAAGUACUAUGCUGAAUCUCUAAAUACGAUCACUCACCUGAAGGAUGACGACGGUUGGGUUUUUGACACAGUGAAGGCAGCUACUAUGGUAAUCCCCGAAGAUUCUGAUGACUCUGAGACCAUUUCCGAUAUCCGAGACCCUCUCUACGAUGAGUCCGCUGAGAUGGUCGAAAAUCUACGCAUUUCCAGCCCUCCAAACCCACCGAGGCAUGCGACCGGCACCGCCGUACGCCGCGUUCCUGCCCCCGACCGCAGCCCUUCUAUCCAACGAGCAAAAAGACGAUCGAGCGGCGUGAAGCAGCCACUAGGGGUAGAUUUAAGCUUUGGCAACAGCCCGUCCACAGUCCGUCAAUUCCGACGGGUAUCUGACAAGGUUCCUGGCACGGACUCAUACUCCUCACAGCAUCUGGUUGGUGCGGACGAAAAUGCAAGCCCCAAACCUCUAUACUCCGAGCCAAACAGCAAAGAAGCUCAGUUAGGCCGCCGAGCAUACACGAAGGCAAUCGGUCUCGCAUGCCAGGAGGUCCUUGGGACAACAGGAGACCAAGAAAAACGAGAGGCGAUUUCUCGACUGGCAGAAGCCUGGAGCGAUCUGGAAAUGGUUGAUCCCGAGGGCCUGUACCAUAUUCUCAAGGCUACAAAUGAGAAGCUCCAAAGCGAUUCCAAACUGUCAAGCCUCGUCCCACAAGCUCCACCACCCGAAUCCCCACAGAGGCCGCGUCUGAUGCUGGCACAAAACAACCCACACCUGAAAAGUCAUCGACGGCGCCAGUCCGCGGCCACGGUGGAACCAAAUAUGCAGCCGACGCAGCUCGCGAACCUCCCUGGCCAGCAGGUACCGGGGAUGGAGCACAUCAAGCAAUUAUCCGAUGUCCUCUACCAGCGAUGGUCCGAAGGUCUUCGCAAUCGUUGGCCAGGACUGUAAAAACGGGCCAUUUUUUUUUUUUCUUAUUUCUCUUUUCUCUGUAUAAAACGGUUACUGGCGCUGGAUUCCUCGGUAAAAAAACAAGGCUUUUCCUUUCCCCCAUUUACUCACUUACAGCCCACCCCCUAAUUCCAUCGCCUGCAAUGCCUCCUAACUCGAGGUCUUAAUUCAUUCUCUCACCCUUUCUUCAGGCAUACACACGUUCGUUCAGUUCUGCUUUACAGUGUUCAAUUUCCUGGAGCUCUUGUUCUGAUAUCAUCCACCCGGGACUGGGUUCCGGGUCGAAUAUUCUGCUGUUUCUUUCUAGUGAAUCUUUCCUGGAGCUUGUGAGUAUCUGAGGUUUCCUCAUCUAUUUUUUUUUUUUUUUU